AUGCCAGGUUCGUUCGUGAUACAAGAACCUCUCGCUCAGUCCCAGCAAAGCUACAUACGAGCUCCCACGGAGAGAUUGUUCCCAUCUUCUCAAUCUUCUAUGGCCAUAACAUAUCCGCUUUCCCAAUCCGUUCAUGAUCUCGGGGCCAAUUUUUUCUUCGCUAAGUACUCCCCCGACGAUGGUCCUUUCUUCAGCAACUAUCAUGCUUGGCUGGUCAAGUCCUACUUUGGCCAAGGGCCCAACAACGUUUUACGUGCGGUUAUCGAAGCUGUUGGCAUGGCAGGAUUGUCAAACGUCUUCUAUGCGCCUCGUGUUAAGUCUCAAUGUCACGCACAGUAUUGUACGGCCUUGAUCUCCAUGCAAAAAGCUUUGAACAAUCCAGUGCAAGCGAUUUCGGACACGACAUUUAUGGCACUCAUCUUAUUGGCUUUUUUCGAGACCGUCAGUUUUGGAAAUCGAGAUCGAUAUCACCAUUGGGCGGCCCAUGUCAGAGCCGGCACGGCCAUCUUAGAGCUUCGGGGUCGAGAGCAAUUUCUCAGUGAACGUGGUGGCCUGCUCUACGUUCAAUUUCGCUCCUCCAUACUCCUGUUUUGCAUGCACGAGCAUGUUGCCGUGCCUAACGCCAUGGUGAAGGCAACCUUCAGUUUCCAGACAGGCGCCCUGAGACAGGAUUGGCAACAUGCCAAUAUUGCCAGCCCAGGGUCCAUCACCGAGAUUUGUAUCCGAGUGGUCAACCUCUGGGCAGGCUUGAAAAGUCAAGAGGCUACAGAUCCACAGGCCAUCCGUGCAAUAGCGCUGGAGCUCGAUUGGGACCUCGAGACUUGGAAAGCAGGCUUGUCGCCAGCUUGGGGAUACACGGUAGUCCAUGUUCCUGGUGCUCCCCAUGAUGUCUGCUUCGACGGGAAAAAGCACAUCUAUCCCAAUCUUUGGAUCGCAGAGGCAUGGAACUAUUGGCGCGCACUUCGGGUGCUAGUCAACCAAAUCACGCUGCAAAAUGAGGUUCGCUUGACUGAGCCUGACGAUGCACGGAUGGCGCUCGCCUGUUCCAUCAUUCAGCAGUUGUGCAAUGACAUCUGCAUCUCCACAUAUAGUUUCAAAGACACUCCACGUAACUAG